UUAGGUUGUCCCCUCUCACAUGUACUGUACAAGCUGAUGAUGUCAUAGAGAGGUCACAGUUUUCACUGGAUGCUGUAUAGGUUUUGACUUCUGAGCAAGGACAUAUAAGAGGACAAUGUCGGGUGAACUCCCUUGCAACAUUAACAUCAAAGAACCACGAUGGGAUCAGAGCACCUUCACUGGAAGAGCAAAGCAUUUUUUCAUGGUGACGGACCCAAGAAAUAUCUUACUUGGACCUAAAGUGCUAGAGGAAGCCAAGAACAUCAUAGAAAAUUACAGAAAUGGGAUAAAGACCCCUGGACUGACUGAAGACCAACUAUGGCGAGCAAAAUACAUCUAUGAUUCUGCUUUCCACCCUGACACAGGGGAGAAGAUGGUCUUGAUUGGAAGGAUGUCGGCACAAGUGCCCAUGAACAUGACGAUUACCGGCUGCAUGCUGACAUUUUACAGAACUACCCCAGCGGUGCUGUUUUGGCAGUGGGUGAAUCAGUCCUUCAACGCAGUUGUGAAUUAUACCAAUAGGAGCGGAGAUGCACCCAUCACGGCCAGCCAGCUGGGGACAGCCUAUGUCAGCGCGACGACCGGUGCUGUCGUGACAGCUCUGGGGCUGAAAUCACUGACCAAGCACUUGCCGUCACUGGUUGGUCGAUUUGUACCUUUUGCUGCCGUAGCAGCUGCCAACUGUAUCAACAUCCCAUUAAUGAGACAGAGGGAGCUGAAAGAUGGAAUACCCAUCACAGACGAAAAUGGAAAGAGGCUGGGAGAGUCCACCAAAGCUGCCCAGCAGGCGAUCGCUCAGGUGGUCGUAUCGCGAAUUGGCAUGGCUGCCCCAGCUAUGGCAAUCCCACCUGUAAUAAUGAACGCAUUGGAGAAAAGAGCCUUUUUAAAGCGCUACCCAUGGAUGAAUGCUCCUCUACAGGUUGGGCUGGUUGGAUUUUGCUUGGUCUUUGCAACUCCUCUCUGUUGUGCACUUUUCCCUCAAAAAAGCUCCAUGAGUGUCUCCAGGCUGGAACCCGAAGUCCGUGCUCAGAUUCUAGAAAAAAACCCUGGCACACAAGUUGUGUAUUUCAACAAAGGUCUUUAAUCUGCACAAUCAAACCGUACUCUCCAUGGACAUGAUUCAGAAUGAUAUUUAUUUUCUAAACCAAAAUGUUACUUUACAAGGUGUGUAAAUGUUACACAAACCGAACAACAGCAUACAAAUCAGCAUUAAUAGCACAUGGCAACCUACCUUGGCGGCUCGUAUAAACAGAACAUAAAAUCACUUUAUUAGAACCUUGGCGCUAGUCCUAAGGUUGCUCUGUUAGGUACUGCACCUUGACCUGGGGCAGCUAUGGCGAAGGAACAGGUUAGAAACUUGAACAUGACCCUUUUUAAAUAGUGGAAGAAAUCUGAAAAAGGCAUUUAUUUUUCUUAUUAAGGUAAUAGAGUUGGGUCAUGUGUUUGGAAUAAUCCCCUUAAAUAUGUCGCUAAAACAAUUCAUACAUUUAAUCUUGGUGUAUUCCAUGGUCUUCUCAGGUAAAAUUAACCACAUUGUGUUGAAUGUAAACUUGUGGUCUGUUUAUAAAGAGAAAUCAGUACAUUCCAGUUACUAUCGGUAUCAUCCGUAGAUGGUUUAGAGGGAACUACUGGCCAUUGUAGCAGAAAAUUGAUAAAAUCUGGCAUUUUUUACCAUUACUAUAAAUAUAGUUCUGAUGCACAACUAUUAAAUGGGCAGCCCUGAGAGACGAAGAAGAAAGCAUAUUAAAGCACUCUGCGAGUAACCCAAACCCUCUUUGCGUACUUUAAUAUCAGUUCUUCACUUACCCAAGGAAGAAGCUGUCCUCCUCCACUGUGGUCCAACGAGUCUUAGGAGUGCUUUCUGUGUAGGUCCACGCCUUGGACAAAAAGUUACUCUCUCAUAACAAUAUCGCCAUAAAUAGGUGACAGUAAUAAAUAGGUAAUUAGUUAAAAAUAACUGGAUUGGAAGUAAAUAAAAGAUAUUUAGAUUGUGCCAUCUUCAUGAGAUAAUUGAAAACUAUUUACAAACUAUAUCAUAACAUAACAAUGAAUUUACUUGGUCGCACUGAUGACAUCACCAAAUUUAAAAGCAUUUAUUUGCUGUGUGUGAUGACGCUGUAGCCAGCGCUGUGUGAAGUAACUGUUUAUUUGGCUAGAAAUUGGUUGGGCAGACUGGACGGGCCGAAUGGUUCUUAUCUGCCGUCAGUUUCUAUGUUUCUAGAAUAAAUAAAUAAGGAUAUUGUCCCUGUCCUCUUACAGAAUUAUAUAGUUACAUUUACUACUUUACUACGUUAUUAGAUAGGUACAUAUUUAACAAGGUUGAAUAACAAAUACAUACCUAAAAAAUGUCAACCUUUGUACUGAAAUAGUUAAACCCUUUAUGCAAAUAUUAGGUUUUAUAUACCCUGUUUUUUCCCCCCCAUAUACCAAUAUUUCCGUGAUAUUUUAAAUACAUAUUAACAAAAACCAAAAGUAAUCUCAGGAAAAAAAAUUAUUUUUAUUAUCGCUGUUAAUUAUACUGUAUUUCACUUAAAACCAUACAAGGCAGCUCUGAAUAUCUGAAAAUGUGCCUGGGAAAUCACAGUGUUUGUAUUGUGCGUAUCUGAAAAUACCUGAAAUAUAUGGAAUUAUUACAAAUAAAGUAAUGUAAACAGGAGAA